GAAUGUCGGCUUAGAUCUCUUUGCCUUCAAUUUCUGUAGGUACCUGCUAUGGAUAAAAGAAACUAAAAUAAGGAAUGUGUUUACAUUUACAUAUCAAUACAAACAAGUUUACAACUUUGUAUCACAAACUCGUAAAAUGUGUUUCAUACGAGAAAUUACGUGAUGAACAGUGUUUUAUAAUAGUUUUGCAUCCCUGUAGAUACCCCUGAAAAUGACCCUCGCCACUGUUUGCCGGAUCUGCCUAACCACGAAUGUUAGAUCUUUUAAGAUCGAAGGCUCCCUUCAGGAGGUUUUUGAGAAGCUUAUGAGUACUACCCUGCAUACGGCAGAUGGUCGGCCCGUGGCAGGAUGUUACAUGUGCUACGCUCAGCUCAACAAGUGCCUUAAGCUGAUGCUGACCUCGGCCAGAGCUGAGAACAUGCUCAAUCAUAUAUUGCACAAGCAUUCUGAGAUAACAUCACAAUCCGUUUCUCAGUUAGAUCUAGUCGCUAACAGUCUGUAUGCAUCCUUCAACGUAACCAACAUGGAAUACUAUUACUGUACCUCUCUGCUAUCUGCACCUUUUGUGAUCAAAACAGAGUAUCAAUCAGAAGAAUUGGAUUUUGACCACAUUCCAAUUGUUAAUGACCAUGAUGAUUCUCAAGAGCUCCCGCCAUUGGUACAAAUCGACAAUAUGCAGUUUGAUAUUAAUAAGAAUGAUACAAACAGACAAGUGCAGGAUUCAGAUAGGAAUAUAAAAAAGGAGUCAGCAUUGAAAGACAGAGAAGGUUCCAACCAAGCCUUAGACGCAGAAACAUAUAACAUGUAUGAUAUAAAGUUUGACAUUGAUGAAGAUAACCUGAUAAACAAGGUACAGCUUUUAGAGAAGGACAAAUAUGAAGCGAUGACAGUUAGAGAGAGACAGGAUUCAACUCCAGUUAAAAAAACUAAAUCGUAUAAACAGAAAAAAGUUAUACAAGGAACAGGCAUAAGAAAAAAUACGCACGCGUGGACCAUACACAUGCAAUAUAUGCCGGCUAAACUUCAAACUAUUGGCAGACAUAAAUAAACACACAAAAACACAUACAAGCAAAAUUUUCGAGUGUGACGUGUGUCAGUAUCGAGCAAAAUGUAAAAUGGCCCUAAUCCAACACUUUCGAAUUCAUUCCGAUGAGAAACCUUAUUACUGUGAUGAGUGCAAAAGGAGGUUUAGACAGAAAGCGCAUUUGGUGAAACAUUUAAGAACUCAUAGCGGUGAGAAACCUUACGAAUGUGAUGUGUGUCAGCGCCGAUUCACCAGGAGGGAGAAACUUGUGAGCCAUUUGUGUACACACACAGGCGAGAAACCUUACGUGUGUGAUGUAUGUAAAUAUCGGUUCGUUAAUAACUGCGAUGAUUUGAAGAGACAUUCGAGAACUCACACAGGUGAGAAACCUUACAAGUGCGCGGAGUGUAAGCAGUGUUUUAGUCAGAAGGGUAUGUUAAAAAGGCAUACAUUGACACAUACAGGUGAGAAACCUUAUUCGUGUGAUGUUUGUAUGCUGCCGUUCAAUAGAAAAAGUAGUUUAUUGCGUCACCAUAAAAGGUUACAUGACGUAAACAAAAAGAGGCGACGACGUCGUAGAACGAAAAAGGGAGAUGAAACAAGUGUAUUGAAACUGUGGAGGUACAGUGAUUAAAACAGCCUGUGAAGGUCCAAGGCUCGAAUCAUGUUGAACGUCCUAACUAAUAUUAUAUAAUGUGAAAGUAAGUUUGUUACCUCUUCACGCUCUAUCUACACAACCAAUAUUCGCGAAAUUUUGCACAAAUGUAGUUUGAAAUAUGUAGAAAGGCAUAGGGUGCCUUUCGUCCCGGAAAAAUAAUUGCUCCCGCGGGAAAAUUAAUGGGAGAAAUCUAGUUUUUUAAUAUAUUAUUUCGACGACCUCGGUGGCGCAGUGGUAAAGUUCUUGCCACUGAACCGAGAGCUCCCGGGUUGGACCCCCGGUCGGUUCAUGAUGGAAAACGAUCUUUUUCUGAUUGGCCCGGGUCUUGGAUGUUUAUCUAUAUAUGUAUUUGUUAUAAAAAUAUAGUAUCGUUGAGUUAGUAUCCCAUAACACAAGUCUCGAACUUACUUUGGGGCUGGCUCAAUAUGUGUGAUUUGUCCUAAUAUAUUUAUUUAUUAUUACAUCUGCCUUACACGGGUAGAAUAUAACCUGGAAUAACAUAGGGUACUUUUUAUCCCGAAAUCCCCACCGGGCCGGAGCCCUGCGGUGCUUAAAUAUAAUCCAUUCUUAAUUAUUAAUUCAUUCAGGUCUUAAUUAUUGCCAGAAGUGGCAUUAUUUUCAUGAGACGUGCCUUUUAUAAAUAUAGUUUCUAAAGAUUUUCUUAUAAUAUAUUUUAUAAUUAAUGUUACUUAAAAUCGAGAUUAUUUUAUUGAUACAUUUAAAAAUCUAUUUUUUGAAAUAGUUUUGUUAUACAUGUCACACAUGGUUUUUAAUUAAUUUGGGAAACUAUUAUGAGGAAAUUAUGUGAUCGGAAAAUAAAUAUAAAUCAAUAAAGUCUAAAAUUUGUUUACAA